GUCAGCACACCCACAAUAAAAACUGCACUCUGCUCCAGUGAUUUUGUCCUUUCAGCUCCACACCUGGGAAGGACACAUCACGUAAAGGUUCAUUCUGUUGUUCGUGGAUCCAUUUCCAUUCUUAUCCAUCCUGUGACAUCCUCCCACGGAAAGAAUGAUAAACUCCUUUCCUUAUCUAGAGGUCUUCCUGGGCUUCCUGGGCUUUGGUCUUUCCAUCCUGUUCUGCACCAGCUUCUGCAGAUCGUGCGCCCGUUUGAGAGAGGAGCAGAUAGAGAGGGAAGCACAACUUCACAGCGAGCAAAGGAGCCAGAUGCGCUCCAUAUACUUCAUCCCCUUCCCUCGAAAUAACUCACGGCGGGACAGUGACGAGAGUGACGAGCUCACUCCACCAAGAUACAGUACCACCAUCCGCUAUGAGCCCCCACCAUCUUAUAAUGAGUUGGGAAUUAAACCAGAUGAUCUCCCACCUCCUUACACAGAACAACACAUUUCUGACUUUUUAGUCACACAAUCACCAACUCAUACAACCGUGGAUAUAGGUGACAUUGGCAACAGCCCGGGGCAGCAUCUUGUGGGGGAGCGGCUUGGGUAUCCCCCGCCACCACCACCUCCUCCUCUCCCGAGUAAUCUUGUUUCUUCUCUGAAUGUCUAUAGAUACUCACUGCCAAACACCCGCCAACCCCCCUGGUGAGCAACCUCAAUGUGGGGGGUGGAGUGUGCUGGUAGGGUGGUUCACCCAGGGUGCCAAACAGGCUAGGACCGUCUCUGCACGGACAGAGUAAGGCAGAAGCUUCACCCUGAUGAUCAUGGACAAUCCUGUGUUGCCUUCCUACAGCUUUUAAUGUUUGCGUUUAUUUUUUUCUAUUUUAUUUUUGUGUCAUUGUGAGACAUUUGCUCAUUCUGCUUUCAUUUUACCUUAUUAUUUUACAUUUAUUUAAUAAAGUAACAGCCCAGUGCUCCGUAUGAAAACUAUAAGUAUUGAUGGAGUUCAUAAUCUUUUCAAGACUUUGUUUUAGUUUGUGCCCAACAUCAUGGGCUGAAGAGUGUUUCUUCCUGCAAUCAAAAGCCUGUUUUCCCAAACUGACACACUUCUUGUUGGCAUUGUGAUGUUUUAAUGAUAGAUUUUGAACAAAAAUAUUUUUUCAGCUUGUUUGUAUGCAGCAAAAACACAGUGAUAAACUGAAAAUUAUGUCAUUUGGUUUUCAUGAGUGAAAUGUUCAUCCAUCUGGUUCAAUUCACAAAUGUGUGCACAGAUAAUUUAAGCUACAUUUUUUGGCAUUAAUUUAAUUUUAUCCUGGUGGUGUGAAAGUGCAGCUUCGAAAGGGGACACAGUGCCUUGCAGACAAAUCUUCAACUUCUAUCCAAUGGAUGAAUGGAUUGAGUGAUGUGGAAAUGGGUUUGAAAUGGUUUUUGAAGUAUGUGACAGAUUAGAUUUUAAAAUGGGCGGUGUGUAUUUCUAUUCAGUCAAACUGAGAUGACUCUUUGCAGAACCAUCUUUUGCUGAUAUUACACCUGCCGGUCUUUCUGAUUUCCAGCUUGGCAUAUAUGAAGACAUUUUUGUCCAUAUGCCUUUGGAUACUCUAUGAAUCUCAAACAAACUAAAUGGAGAUGGUCCAAUCUGACUGAUUGCAAAUAUUAGUUUCCAAGUUUUUCCACAUAUUUUCUAUUGGAUUCAGAUUGUGGACUUUGAUUGGGCCAUUCUGCCUCUAUACUGUGAUAAAAUCCUACACGUUUAAAAUUUAACUACACAUUAAGAGAAUUUUUGUCUCAAAAAGGGGCGGUGCAUGCUGUUGCUACUUGUAAAAAAAAUAAAGGAAUUGUUCUUUAUAAUUUUUACUUAUGAACAACUUUAUCCUGGUCUGUCAUUUACAGACCAGGAUAAACUUUAACAAAUGUUAAAGUUUGUAAUUUAAGCUUAAGAAAAUGUUAAAAAGUCCUUCAGUAAAACAAGCUGUUUCUGUGUUUAAGUUCUUUACAUAUUGCUUUAAGAAUUGUAUGGCAAAACUUAAAAUAUUGCAAGACGUUUACCAUGGGAUAAAAAUAUAAGUAAUAUUUAUUGUAGCUGGUCUACUUAAAUCCUCUGAUGCACAGAGGACAGAUGUUUGUCUAUUAUAAAAAAUAUUUCCAUAAGAUAACAUAUGCAAAUCCUUCAGUAUUUCAGAUGUCUUUUUUUUCUAUGUGAAUAAAUGUUAAUCAUGAUGUUGCCAUAUAAACUCCUCAUAAGCAUUUAUAAAUAUAGCAUAGUAAAUGCAUGCAUGUCUUUAUUUUGCUUUUGUACAAUGAAAUACAUGUUGAUAUGUUU